AAAGAAAAAACCUCUCACCUGCACUGCGGCCACUCUCAAAUCUCACCCUCAGUCCUCACCCACUCACACCUACUCUCUCUUUCUCUCUCUCAAAACCCAGAAAAAUAUCACACACACUCUCUUCUUCUUCUUCUUCUUCUUCUGAGAAUGCUGAAGAAUCUUCCACAAACCCAUUUCUCCAUUCUUGUUUCUUCAAAAAUUUAUUGAUCUCCUUUUGCAUUAUGAAACCCACUUGGGUUUUGUGUUGAAACUUCAAAACUUUGAAACAGAAACAGAAACAGAAAACCCUUGUUGGGUUCAGAGGCAAUGUGAGAGAGAGAGAGAGAGAGAGAGGAAAACUUUUUUCUGUUCACAAAACCCAUCUAUAAUGGUGGCUGCUAUUUCUGAAGCAGCAGCUACUUCCACAAACCCCAAAGAAAGAGAAACCCAUCAUCAUCAUCUUCAAAGGCCUCCUCUUCUUCCUUCUGAGAAAGACAAUGGCUUUGCAAACCCAAAUCCUCGAAGACCCAGAGGCCGACAAGUCUCUUCAAGGUACAUGUCUCCUUCUCCUUCUACUACUUCCACUUCAACUACAACUACAACUUCUUCUUCCUCUUCUUCUUCUACUACUUCUACUUCUAGAAGAUUCCAAUCUCCUUUACUUUCUCGCUCCUCAAAUUCCACACAUGUAUCUACUCCUUUACCUUCUUCCACGGCUCCGAAGCGGUCCCAAUCGGCGGACCGGCGGAGACCCAUUACGCCUCGGCCCAUGACGGCGAUCCCCGACGCAAGACACGGCAAUGUGGCCGAAGUAUCGGCGGCUACGAAGCUUUUGGUCACUUCUACUCGGAGUUUAUCGGUGUCGUUUCAAGGUGAGGCCUUUUCGCUUCCGAUUAGCAAGACAAAGGCGCAGACUCCGGCAACUCCGAGCUUGAGCAAUGGGAGGAAGGGCACGCCGGAGCGGCGGAGGGGGACCCCGGUUAGAGGAGGAGAUCAGGCGGAGAAUUCUAAGCCACUUGAGCAGCAUAGGUGGCCUGGUAGGACCCGGCAAGCGAAUUCAGGGGCUGCGGCUAAUUUGAGCUCUAAGAAUCCGUCUUUGUUUAGGAGUUUGGAUUGUGGGAAUGGUGUUAGUGUUGUUGAUAAGAGGAUAGGUGGAAUGGGAUCUGGGAUGGUUGUUAAGGCAUUGCAUAAUUCAUUGAUGGUUGAUGAGGGUAGAAGGGCUUCUUUUGAUGGUAGAUUGAGCUUGGAUUUGGGCAAUGCUGAGUUAUUGAAAGUUUCUCAGCAAAACCCAGAUGCCAAUUCUGUACAUGAGUCUUCUGUGCCUUCUGAUCUCACUGCAUCUGAUACUGAUAGUGUGUCCUCUGGUAGUACUUCAGGAGUGCAAGAUGUUGGGGGGGUUGUUGCCAAGGGAAAACCUCGAGGGAUUGUUGUGUCGGCGAGGUUUUGGCAGGAGACUAAUAGCAGGUUGCGGCGCCUGCAGGAACCAGGAUCGCCAUUACCAACAAGUCCUGGGUCAAGAAUGAGUGUGCCAGGAAAGUUUGGUCAGUCGAAAAAGUUUGUUAGUGAUAGCCCAAUGUCUUCUCCUCGAACAAUGGCUUCACCUAUUAGGGGAGGAUCGAGGCCUGCAUCGCCAAAUAAACUUUGGACAUCUUCAGCUUCGUCUCCUUCGAGGGGGAUUGCUAGUCCUUCUCGGGUCAGGAAUUCUGUUACUGGCUCGUUAAGUUGUAAUUCAAGUAGUACACCUUCGAUUCUCAGUUUCUCUGUUGAUAUUCGGAGAGGGAAGAUGGGGGAAGAACGGAUUGUUGAUGCACACUUGUUGAGGCUUCUGUAUAACCGGUACUUGCAAUGGCGGUUUGUAAAUGCAAGGGCAGAUGCAACCUUCAAGGUGCAGAGACUGAAUUCUGAGAAAAAUCUAUGGAAUGCAUGGGUAACAAUUUCAGAACUACGGCAUUCUGUCACACUUAAAAGAAUCAAGUUACUAUUGCUGAGGCAAAAGUUGAAGCUAACUUCCAUCCUCAGGGGACAAUUGAAUUAUUUGGAAGAUUGGGCCCUUUUAGAUAGAGAUCACUCUAAUUCUUUGCAAGGAGCAACUGAAGCAUUGAAGGCCAGUACGCUCCGUCUUCCAGUUGUUGGAAAAGCAGUAGCUGAUAUUCAAAAUUUGAAGGACGCUGUGGGUUCAGCAGUUGAUGUGAUGCAGGUGAUGGGAUCCUCAAUAUACUCUCUUGUUUCAAAGGUGGAGGAAACGAACUCCUUGGUGACUGAACUUGUGAAGGUGACUGCAAAAGAACGGAUUUUGCUUGAGCAAUGCAAAGAUUUUUUGUCAACUUUGGGGGCCAUGCAGGUCAAGGACUGUAGCUUGAGAACACAUAUAUUACAACUUAACCGAGUACCAACAACUACCAGCAGCCUGACUACACGUGUGUAGAACUGAUCUUAUUUGACGAUUCACUCUUAAUGCUAACUUUACACGCAACCUUUCCCUUAUCCACCGGGUGGAGGCAGCACUGGAGGUAAUAAGAAUGGAUUGAUUAGCUAGUUUUGGCUUCUCAUUUUGCAUUUUUGGAACCUUAUUUUGGUCUUCUGUGCCAUCUAUCUUGUGUAUCUUUGUAUGUGAAGAUUACAGAAAAUCGCUCUUCUUCUUACUAAUUAGCUGUACACAAUUAUUCAUCCACCCUUCAAGUCAAAAGGAAAUAGAUAUGUAUAUAUGUAAUGUUCU